AUGAAUCGGCCGUAUCCGCGUGCGACGAACACUCGUGAUACGGCGUCCAACACCACUACCACCCGACUCGAUUGCGCGAAACAAAUCGUGACCACCAUGGUCAGUGAUCUCAUGUUACAGUCAUCUGCCAACGAAGUCUGCGUCAUUGUAUUGAAAACCCGGGAAACAUCUCACCACAAGUUAGCAGCAGCUGGAUGUGACCUGGACGAAGAACAAAUGGAUGCAUCCGUGCCGUUCCCCAACUUGACCGACCUCACCAACCACGGGGUCACGAAACCAUCGGCAGACUUGCUGCGGAAAAUUCAAAACGUGCAAUCGGUAUCGGAGCAAGAGGCCUCCGCCUUACGCGGUGACGUGUGCGACGGUCUCAUUCUCGCCGCCGACGCCCUGUACGAGCGCACGCACGGCAAAAAAUACCAGCGCCAGAUUGUCAUUCUCACGGAUGCCGAACACGAUAUCGUCGUGGAAAAUUCACAAACUUUGCUGGUCGUGGAUGCCUUGCGUGCCAUGGACUGUCGAUUGCAGGUGGUCGGCUUUGAUUUUCUGUUGUCGGCAUCGUACGAACAACCCAUGGAGGCGUCAUCGCUGUCUCUGAAUACAAACGCCCCAAAGCCGGCCAAGACGGAACCGGACACUGUGUCCACCAAACGAUUAAAAAAGAGUACCGAUUACGACAGCUCUGAAACGGAAGACGAGGACGGCUUCGCGACUUGUACUCAAAAGACCGAACUCGACCGUAAUGAUCCCGGGCAAAUUCUGUAUUCCACCAAGGAAGAUCGUGAACAACUCCUGUCCAGUCUGGCGGAAAAGACGGGUGGGGACGUCAUGGCGGUUUCCACCUUGCGACAAAUCCUCCAAGUUGACAAGGGUAGAAGCCUCAAGAAAGCCACGAAACGAAAAAUCGAGUUACGCAUCGCUCCAGGCAUUGUCCUACCUGUCCGGUCCCUCAAAAUGCUCAGUAAAGAAACUACAUUGGGAAUGAAAAAGACAGCCGUCAUAGGGACCAAUAAGAGCGAUACAUAUUCAACUGCAGGCAACGACAAAGCCGAGAUGGACGACGUAAGGAACGUGUACAUGUUUGUUGAUCCAGAUCACAAGGACGAUGUAGUGGAGCCACAGGAAACCAUAAAGGCUGUCAGGUACGGAUCCGAUUUGAUUCCUAUGAGCAGCUAUGAUUACGAAGGGUUGAAGAGUUCCGCCAAUUACAUUCCAUAUCUAGAAAUAUUGGGAUACACAUCUCGUGCAGCAAUUCCACUGGUAGCCCUUAUCGGACCUCCUUACGCUCUUUCUGGAAGCGAUUCACGCAAAGCCUGUGCCGCGAUUUCAGCACUUGCCAAAAGCCUGGAGCAGCUCGACAGAGUAGCUAUUUGCACCUAUAUGAAAACCAAAGGCGGUGAUCCUAUUCUCGGUGGUCUAUUUCCACUGUCCGAACCACAGUUCAAGCACGCAGCCCGCCUCAUGUUUCUGCAGCUACCCUUCGCUGGCGAUAUGAAACAACUUGGAGUGGUCAGGUCCGAAGUUCGUUUUGGCGCUCCUGGAACCAAACCAAAGUGA